AUAACACUAUUAUAAAUACGUAUAGUCCUAUACGUCAUUUAAUUCCGAUAAAUUCAAUAAAAUGUGAAGCUAUUCUAAAAGGUCUUAAACUUAAUUAAAAACAAAAAAUAAUUAGGACAGUUAUGUCUAUAACAAUAAAAAAUAUUUUAUAGUUACGUUUAAUAGUAAAUAACGAUUAAUUUGAUAAAUUUCAUAGCCUUAUUAUGUUUCGCUCGGGAAAAGAUGUUGUUAGAGUUGAAGGCAAUACACACAAUAAUAUUUGUGGCGAUGAAUUGUACGGCUGCAAAUAUUGUUCAGAAGGCGGCUGGAGCAGUGAAACCGAAGUCGAAAUACACAAAUCAUUGUUACACAUGAAGGAUUUAAAACACAAGCUCAAUAAAAGAAAAACUGUGUGUAGCAUAUGCAUAGAGGAGUUCGAAAACAACAAAGAUCUAGUCAACCAUAUAAAAACUGAUCAUUUGUACAGUUCGAAGAACGCUUACCGAGUUGAACGUGAAAUAUUUGUCUGCGAUUACUGCUGCGAUAUAUUCUUUAAUAAAUCCCACCUCAUUGUGCACAUAGCACGGAAACAUAUAAAAAAUCAGAAUACACAGAAAGUAGAAUGUCCACGAUGUAGUGUGAAAUUAAGACUCAAACAAAUGUGGAUACACUUCCACAAGCACAUGGCUCAGAGUAUUUCUACUUGUCGAUUAUGUUUUACAAAGUGUAAGAACAGACGGGAAUUGAAACGUCACCUUAGUACCCGCGGGCACUGCUUCAAAUGCGAUAUGUGCGGUUACAACUCAAAAAAAUCCGAACUAUUCAAUCAGCACAUCGCGGAUAAUCACAAGCGAAAAAAUCCAAACGCUGCAACAACGGAAGACUAUAAAAAGUAUUUCAUACCGAGAAACGAUGUCAUCGCCGGCAAGGGUCAGAUUGUGACGAUAUUCCGUGGUGUGUCUGUCGGUAACCGGGUUAAAAUAUGUAUACUCUGUAGGGAGAUUUGUGUCCGUCAGCGGCAUAUGAUGAAUCACAUAAUGUACGAUCAUUUUACGCAGGACGUACCGUUGAAAAAUGAAUAUAAAUGUUCGUGCGGUCUUGCUUACAGUAAUAAAGUUCUGUUGACGCAUCAUAUUUUUAAAGAGAAAGGUGAUCACAGGGUUUUGAAAGAAAAUGAGCCGUUGACUUGGGAAAGAUUUGUCUCCGUGGAGUACUAAGUUUGGUCAUCAAUAUUGUAUGUUAUAAUUAUUUGCUCACAAGCUACUAAAAAGUGACUCCAGUUACAUCGAUAAGUAAUACAAUGUGGGUAGUGA